GGUAAGUCUAUGCUGGUUCUCGCCUCAAGAUCGUCCCCGUCGCGUUCUGCUGGUCCUGGGCUUUCUGGUCGAUGUCGUGUUGCCGGAACUUGAACGGAUUUCGACGGUGGAUGGGUCUUGGGGCGACCGGAUGAAGCGCACAGGACGAAACGCUGAUGUACCUUGCUCUCUUUUUUGUGCUUCCCUCUACCUUCUCGCACGACACAGAAAAUGCCUACGCGGUUCUCCAACACUCGCAAGCACCGCGGCCACGUCUCGGCCGGUCACGGUCGUGUCGGAAAGCACCGCAAGCAUCCCGGAGGUCGUGGUCUCGCCGGUGGUCAGCACCACCACAGGACCAACUUCGAUAAGUACCAUCCUGGUUACUUCGGUAAGGUUGGUAUGCGCCGCUUCCACCUUACUCGCAACCUCCAAUGGCGCCCGAUUAUCAACGUCGACAAGCUCUGGACGCUUGUCCCCGCCGCGGAGAAGGAGAGCCUGACCGAGAGCUCGGAUGUUGUCCCCGUUAUCGACAUCCUCCAGCACGGUUACGGCAAGAUCUUGGGCAACGGACAGCUGCCCAAGCUCCCCUUCAUCGUAAAAGCCCGCUUUGUCUCGCGCAAGGCCGAGGCGAAGAUCAAGGAGGCGGGUGGUGUUGUCAAGCUGGUCGCAUAGUUUUGUAUUUUGCUGCUAUCAUUUUUACUCUCGCCACGAUCUCGCACCGACCCCAUGCAUAUGACAUGAAGCCGCAGGGCGUUUAUGCAAUUCAUGCUGUACAAUCCGC